GAAAUACGGGUGGAAAGAAAUAGCACGCCGGCUGCUCCCGUCGAACUUGGGUCUCAUUUCAAAUAACUUCGUCUUGUAUAUAUAGGUUACUACGUAAGGUGUGGGAGGCACUUAUUUCACCUACUAUGUAGUGCACCUUUUAAGGGAGGAGGGGAGAAUUUGGGAUUCGGACUUUAGGGACGCGAGACAAACACCAGGGAGAAUAAACACUGGCCUUAUUUUGAUUUUAUAGCGAUUAAGUUUAAAGUUUGAUUUGUCUCACAUAUUACAUUUUAGGGGGAAAUAUUUUAAACCGCGUCGCCUUUUUUCCCCUAAAAUGGCGCCAACGAUUCAAACUCAAGCUCAGCGCGAGGACGGGCAUCGGAGCUCAUCACACAGAACCGUCCCUGAGAGGUCCGGUGUUGUGUGCCGAGUUAAAUACUGUAACAGCCUUCCUGAUAUCCCAUUCGACCCCAAGUUCAUCACGUAUCCCUUUGACCAACACAGAUUUGUGCAGUAUAAAGCCACCUCACUCGAAAAACAACACAAGCAUGAACUGCUCACAGAGCCCGACCUGGGAGUGACCAUUGAUCUCAUCAACCCUGAUACCUACCGCAUUGACCCUAACAUUUUGCUAGAUCCUGCGGAUGAGAAGCUUCUAGAAGAGGAGAUUCAGGCACCCACUAGCUCCAAAAGGUCUCAACAGCAUGCGAAGGUGGUUCCAUGGAUGAGGAAGACAGAGUACAUCUCCACAGAGUUUAACCGAUAUGGUGUGUCGAACGACAAAGUGGAGGUCAAGAUCGGUGUGUCCGUGAAGCAGCAGUUCACAGAAGAGGAGAUCUACAAGGACAGAGACAGUCAGAUCGCUGCCAUCGAAAAGACCUUCGAGGAUGCCCAGAAAAAUAUUACGCAGCACUACAGCAAACCAAGAGUUACACCUGUGGAGGUGUUGCCCGUCUUCCCUGACUUUAAGAUGUGGAUAAAUCCAUGUGCGCAGGUCAUCUUCGACUCUGACCCUGCUCCUAAAGAUGUCUCCAGCUCUGCAGGUGUAGAAAUGAUGUCACAGGCUAUGAUCAGAGGAAUGAUGGACGAGGAAGGGAACCAGUUUGUGGCGUACUUCCUGCCCAACGAGGAUACGCUGCGCAAGCGGAAAAGAGACGUGGAGGAGGAACUGGACUACAUGCCUGAGGAGCUAUACGACUAUAAGAUAGCAAGAGAGUACAACUGGAACGUGAAGAACAAAGCCAGCAAAGGCUACGAGGAGAACUACUUCUUCAUCUUCCGAGACGGAGACGGAGUAUACUACAAUGAACUUGAGACCAGAGUGCGUUUAAGUAAGAGGCGUGCAAAGGCCGGGGCUCAGUCCACCACCAACGCUGUGCUGGUCUGCAAACACAGAGAUAUGAACGAGAAAGAGCUGGAAGCACAGGAGGCUCGCAGGGCUCAGCUGGAGAACCACGAGCCGGAGGAUGAGGAGGAAGACAUGGAUGUGGACAAAGACACCCAGGACUCUGGCGACGAGAAAGAGAAAGGCAGCGAGAGCGAGAACUCGGACAGCGGCUCCGACCGGGACGAAGAGGACGAUCGGCGCGGCGACAACGAGGAAGAGGAGGAUGAAGAUGAGGAAGAAGAGGGUAGGAAGGCGAGCGGGAGCGAGAGCGGAGAGGACCGGCAGGCUCGUGACGAGGAGGAGAUCUUCGGCAGUGACGACGACAGCGAAGAAGAGGACGAGGGCGGAGCACGGAGGAGGAGAAGCAGCGGGAGCGAGGACGAGGACGCAGAGGAAGAGGGAGGAAGGGCAAGCGGCAGUGCCUCACCUGCUCACAGCAGCAGCGGCCAAUCAGAAGGAGGGGGCGGGCAAAGUGGCAGCGACAGGGGGUCGGACUCCAGUGACGGCAGCGACAGCGAAUGAGGCGACAACAGAAAGAAAAAAAUACAACCGCCAUCGUGACUGGAGUUUGCUCAUGCUCUGCUUCUCAUACUCAACUGCUCACCCUCUGCAGUAUACUACACUUUUCAUACUGCUGUUCAUUAUAGGAAAGAGAUCUUUCCUUCUUUUAUUUACCUAGCCAUCUUUCCUGCUCCAACACUUCUUGGUAUACUGUUCUGUUAGAAUAAAUUCUAACACAAGCUUAACAGUAAAUGUUUCUCAAGUCCUGUUCUCUGUAACUGAGAGACUAUUAAUCACAAUCCAUUGUGUUUGUCUGGUGGGAGUCGGUUUAUAAAUGAUUGUGAUAUAUACAUACCCUGUGACAUGUUCCAAGUGUCCCAUUCCUUCACUCCUUGUCUCCUUCUCCUUCCUUCACUCAUUGUCUGUCUCAUUAGAAUAACCUCUUCAAGGGUAGAUGAGGUAACUAGCAGAAAAAAUGCUCACCCAUAAAUCUGCUUGAAUACAGCAUUUACACUUAAUAUGGCCUUCUCUAUCUAAAGACUUGACGCUUCUCUGUCACAGCUGGAGCAGAUGUUGAUGCUCAGAACAGAUCUUAACCUUUAUAAGUCCAAACUAAUAUAAAUAUUCACAUCAACAAGAUCUGUCCAUAGAUCCUCUUCGUCCACAAAUCUAUUUCACUAUAGUACCAUGAGGCUUUUUUUCUAUUUCUUUAUUAUGAUCCAAAGAUCAUGUUAAAAUUUAGGUACCUUUUGUUGUUGUUUUUGUUUUAAUAGCUUCAGGAAGUAAAGUCUCCUCACUUUAUCAUUCUGCUGUAUAAACUGCUGUAAAUAAAGAACAAGUUCUUUUGU